GCGACGGAAGCGGCGUGGGAGGAGAGAGGAGAAAAGUUUGACACCAGUGAGCAACGCAGGAGAAGGUUUAGGAUCUGCUCAGCUCAUCUCCACCAUCAGAAAAUCCAUCAGGGUGAGAGACCCCAGAGAUGUCCUGACUGCAGAAGACGGUUUAGCAACAGCUCGGAUCUGGUCCAACGGUGACACCAUCACACAGGCACCAUGUCCUACACCUGCCCUGACUGCGGGAAAGGUUUUAGCAGGAGAUCAGCUUUCAUGAAGCAUCAACGGAUCCAUACGGGUGAGAAACCCUUUAAAUGUUCUGAGUGUGGGAAGCGGUUUACCCAUAGUUCCAGUUUAUCAGAGCAUCGCCGCAUCCACACAGGAGAGAGACCCUAUAAGUGUCUGGAGUGUGGGAAGGAGUUUACCAAGAGUUCCCAUUUAUCACGGCAUCACCGCAUGCACACGGGAGAGAGACCCUAUAAGUGUCUGGAGUGUGGGAAGGAGUUUACCCAGAGUUCUGCAUUAUCAAACCAUCACCGCAUCCACACAGGAGAGAAGUUGUAUCCCUGCAGUCACUGUGGGAAAGCCUUCAACAAUAGCACCUCUUGGAUUAAUCACCAACAUGUCCACACUGAGGAAAAACCCUUCACGUGUCCCCAGUGUGGGAAGGGCUUUACAACGAGGCCAAAUCUCACCCGACACCUACAAAUCCAUACGGGUGAACGUCCUUACACCUGUCCUCAGUGUGGGAAGGGCUUCACAUCAAGCUCAAAUCUCACCCAACACCUACGGAUCCAUACUGGUGAACGUCCCUACGAGUGUCCUGACUGUGGGAAGUGCUUCUCCUAUCGUUUCAAUUUGAAAACCCAUCAACGCCUCCAUACCCGUGAAAAACAUUAAAGCUAAUCCAGUGCAAGAGGAGAUUUUACUGGAAAUUAGAUUUCGUCUGACAUUACCUGACCCAUCACAGCCAUCACCAAGUAUGAAGGGUCAAGUUGACCUCAUUUUCCAAGUUCCAUCACACCAAUGAUGCUUUCUCCAGCUUCUCGUGGAGAACAAAAUAGACUCAGAUCAGGAACCGCUUCAUAUCCCACUCUAAAGUUCAGAUUUAGUAUCUGUUUCAGCAUCAUGAAGGAUUUUUUUUAAAUAUGAGGAAAAAUCAGAAAAGUAUUUCCAAUUAUG